GAAUGAAUGUGUGAAUUGUUGUUUUGGUAUCGUGAAGUAAUUUAGCUGCAAGCAAGCAUCGCUCGGAAAAUGUCUUCUCUAGCACCUGCUUUGUUCAUAAGCCACGGAGGCGGCCCCAUGACAGUACUCGGAUUUAAACAAUUUGCAAGCGUCAGAAAAUUCCUCGAGGAAGAUCUACAUAAACACAUCAACCUUAACGAGUGGAAGGCUAUAAUAUUGAUCACGGCGCAUUGGGAAGAAAAAGAAGUGACGAUUUCAGCGAAAAAACACAACGAGCUUCUCUUUGACUACUAUAAUUUCCCGCCAGAAUCCUACACAUACAAGUAUGGAGCCCUUGGCCACCCUGAAAUCGCUCAGCGACUGUGCAACGCGUUGAACGACGCAGGAAUCCCUGCGAAACUCGACACUGAAAGAGGUUGGGACCACGGACUGUUCAUCCCCAUGAUGCUGAUCAACCCCGCAGCCAACAUACCCAUCGUUCAAAUAUCCAUGCUCGACAAUCAGGACGCGAAACCGCAUUACGAGAUUGGGAAAGUGUUGCAACAGUUCAGGAGAAACGGCAUCGCUAUCCUCGGCUCGGGAUCGAUUACUCGAUUAUCGAUUACUUACCACAAUAUCGAUAGGUUCCUUUCCUACACAUACAAAGACGGCGAUGAUGUUGUGAACAAAGAGUUCGAUGAUUACUUGACUAAAGUCUGUACCGCUGAGAAUGAGGCUGAUAGGAAGGCAGGUCUGCUUGCCUGGAAGGACCAGCCGGGUGGUUUGGAAGCGCACCCGCCGGGUAAGGCCGAGCACCUGAUACCUCUGAUGAUGACGGCCGGGGCUGGUGGUGAUAAGCCCGCUGAGACGAUCUGCACCUGUGACUGCGGCGCCUUUCGACUGAGCUCCUAUAUUUGGAAGGAAGAGUGAAUAUUAUGGAGGUUUAUGAAAUAAUAAGUUGUUGAA